UACAUACAUAAGUAAUGUUUAAGAACUUUUUAAAAACUUUCGUCGCUGUGCCCAAAAAUUUAUCCUAUUCAACUAAACUUGCAUUGAUCGCGCGGUCGGAUAUAAAAAUGUCAAAAGGGAAGAUAGCGGCGCAAUGCGCCCACGCUGCUGUUAUAUGCUUUCAAAAAGCUCAAUGCAGCGCUAACAAAGAGACGCAGGAGAUUCUUGAAUUAUGGCUGGCAAGUGGACAGCCCAAAAUUGUAUUACGUGUGGGUAGUUAUAAUGAUUUGAUCUCGCUUCAAGAUGAAGCUGAAAACGUCGGCAUACUUGCAACUAUAGUAUAUGAUGCCGGUCAUACACAAUUGAAUGCUGGUACAGCCACAGUGCUAGGAAUAGGUCCUGAUAAAAAUAAUAAAAUUGAUAAACUCGUAAGCCAUCUAAACUUGCUUUAAUGUACAUUCUGGAAUUCAUUUUAAAUGUUCUUUCAAACAAAUAAAUUUUCACUGACUAAUU